AUGUCUUCUGAAUGUUCUCUACUUUGUUCUCUUCAACUAUGGACAUUGAAAUAUGCUGGUCUUCAUGAACGUGACAUUAGUGUUCAUAGCUAUCAACAAAAACCACCUGCAUCUAAACAAUCAAUCAUACCAUUUAUUCAUAGUAGUUCAAGUUCAUCUUCAGCUAAUGAUAAAACACCCAAAAAAGCAACAUAUUAUGAUGAAUACAAUGAUUAUUUUGUGUCACGUUCAUUACCAUUUCAUCUGUCGAAUAAGAUUUUUCAUAAUUUACGUGAUAAACUAAAUGAAUUCGAUGAAUUAUUAAUCAAAUUUAAACUUAUUCGAACAUUAUGGAUAUAUUUUGAUACUAUUUUUCUUGCUUUUUCAAAUGGAACAAUUGUCUUCGUUCAUAUUGAUAAACUAAGUCGAACAUUAAAAAAUAUUUCUAUUGAUAAGACAACUUUAGAAAAAAAAUUUAAUAUUAAAGCGACAAUAUCUGAUAUUUAUCUUAAUCAUUUGGGUUUCUAUAUUAUCUAUGAGACACUGUCAAAAAUUGAUAUAUUUCGUUUUAAUAAACCAGUGCGUGCGUUUGACUCAAAAUUUAAUUUAUCAAAUGAACCAGUACGCUUGACAACGGAAGAGCUGCCACCUUAUUCAAAUACAAUACCUGUUCGACGAUGGUUUAAUAUCGAUCGUGAACAUCGUACAAUAACUGUUUGGUGGUCAGCAUUAACUGAAGGUAUAUCUGCAAAUGCAUCUUUAAUGGAUGGCGAUCAGAGAAAGUCAAGAUUUAAUUGCCUAUCUAUUGUUUUUCCAUCGGAAGAUGAACCUGGAAAAGAACAAGAAAAAAUGCAUUCAGUACAAACAGAUACAGUAAAUCCUUAUUAUUGUACAUCGUCAUCAUCGGGAUUAACUACUAUUGAAAUGAAUGAACAUGUUGAUAAGACUAAUACCUCCGAACGUACAUACGAAUUAAGUGUAUAUUAUUAUGAAAACUUCCGAUCAGUACCUCUUCGUCUAGUUCACAUUCCAUCAUUAUCAUCUUCCAUAUCGUUUGUUAUUCGUUCGUCUAGUCAUACAAUACUUUGUCUAACAGAUGCUACAUUGAUUUCCAUCGAUGAAAUCAAUCAUGUUCAACGUUCAAAAUCAUGCGUACUAUCGAGAAAUCUAACCGGACUAUGGUGGAUUAUUGAUAAUUUAUUAUUUUCAAUAGCUGAUGAACAAGGUUCAUUAGUUUUCUAUGAUAUUGCUCUCAAUCCCAUUUGGCCUGUUUUAUCAUCAAAUAAAAAAUUAAAUUUUCAUCAUGUAUUAAAUCAAGACAAAUUUAUUGUAGGAAUAAAUCAACUGAUUGCACCAAAUACUUCUUCAUCGAAUUUAACAUUACUUCUACAAUUUUCUCAAGGCGGUCCUAUUGGUCUAAUCGAUAUUCAUUAUCCUUUCAAUAAUAUACAUUCAUUAUUUAAAUAUUAUAUAAACUCUCAAAAUUAUUCAUCUAUUAUCGAUUUAUUAUGGUGUCUUGAUUGGUCAAGACAAGAUAAUGAUUGUCGACUAGCUGUAUCACACGUAACGCAAGAAAUAUUUCGUCGUAUGAAUUUUAAUGAAUAUUUUUAUAUUGAACAAAUCCUACGAACAUUUUAUGCACCCAUUCGUCCAAUAUCCGAUGCAAGCAUAUUACGCAACCGUUCAUUUAUCAAUCAAAUAGCUACGAGAUAUUUCUAUUAUUUGUUGAAAGGAAAAUUCUAUUCUCAAGCUCUUCAACUAGCGAAACAUUUAGAAAAUCGAACUACGUAUCUUGAUCUUUAUUAUGCAUGUGAUCAUGAUAAUGAAAAAACUAUAAUGAAUGUAUGCGCACAAAAGUUGCGUUUGAACAAUGAGAGUGAUAAAGAUAAUGAUGAUGAAAGUGGCUUAUCAGUAACAUCAAGUGAAGAUGAAAAUGAAAGUGAUAGAACUGUUAAACAAAAAUUUCAAAUCACGAAUGAAAAACAAUAUGGAGAUGUUAAUGAAAUUUUAACUUCUGCUAUUGAACAUUAUAAACUGGAUGAAAAUAUGUAUAAAUUUUUAUUAGAUAGAAUUCAUGCUUCAUAA